AUGAGGAGAAGCAUUAAUGAAAAAAGGGAUACUAUUAGCCUAAAUCGUAAAAUAGAUACAAAUAUUCAGAAAAGUAUAAGUAAAUAUUGCGUUACAUCAAAAAGAAAAUAUAAUUUUCAAAGAAUUAAAAAAUAUAAACAUAAAUUCAAAGAAAAUCUAGAAUAUACAAAAAUGAAAAACAAUUUGAAAAACAACAUUCAUACAAUAAACAGACAAAGAACAAAUUUAAAAAAAACUGUAUGUAAGGAUGAUAUAUUAAAUAAAAAUAAUAUAAAUAGUAAAUUUUCUAUUAACAAUAUAAAAAAAGAAGGAAACAGUGAAAAAGAAAAAGAAAACUACAAAAUGUGUAAAAAUGAUAAUGUAUUUGAUUAUAAAAAAUACUAUGAAAGAGUAGAUCAGUGGAAAAAAAAAAGGUGUAUCUACUUCAAUAAUGAAAACAAAAUAAAAAAAAAAGAAAUACAUUUAGAAAAUAAAAAAAGAAGUUUAAGGGAAAUAUUAAAUAUUACUGAACCAAAAAAGAACACAAAAAGAAACUGUAAUAAAUACGAAAGUUCCUUAAAUCAACAAAAAACCACAAAUAAAACGAUAAAUAAAUUAAAUGAAAUACAGCUUAAAAAAAAGAAUGUGAAAUCUUCAAAAAACGAGAUAAAUAUUAAUAAUUAUAUAAAUUAUAAUGAUAUUAAUGGAAAUAAUGAAAAUAACUACGAUAAAUAUAAGAAAAAUGUUGUCCCUAUAUAUGACAGUGGUAAUUAUCAAGGUUAUAAUAUUGAUAAUAAAACUGAUAAUAUUUCUAAUAACUAUAUAAAUUAUAGCAAUAAUAAUAAUAGACAUGAGAUCAUAUCUCAUAACAAUUCUCCUUCUUUCAAAUUGCCUAACAAUAAAAUCAGAAUUACAAAUAAAAAUAAAAGAAAUAUAUAUUGUAUAGGUAAAAUUAAAUCAAGUGAUACAAUGUUAGAAAAUGAAGAGAAAAAUAUAUAUUCAAAUAAAACAAUAACAGAUACUUUUGAUUAUAUAGAUUGUUUUAAUAAUUUUGCAACUAAUCCUACUUUCCUCAUAAAGUCUAAUGAAACAAUUUUCCAUGCACCUUUAAAAAGUAAUUUAAAUAAUGUUGAAAAUAAAUCAAAUUUUAAUUUGUUUGAUAAAACAAACAUAAAAAAAAGUUAUACUAACUAUAGUACUAAAGUAAGAACUAUUCCUAAUUUAAAUAUGGAACAACCUGCACAAAAUGAAAAAAUACGAAAAAAUAAGAAAGAGAACUCUUUUAAGGGUAUAUUAAAAAAUGAGUAUUUAGAUAAUGGUUGUAAAAUAAAAAUACUAAAAUAUACAAAUAAUAUGAAUAUAACAAAUAUGCAAAACAAAUUAGAAAAUGAAAUAAAAAAAAAUGAAAACAUGAAAAGUUGUAAAAAUUCUUAUAUUAAUUAUAAAGGGGAAUACUUAAUAAAUUUUCAUAAUGAGGAAGAAAUGAAAAAAAAAAAGAAGCAACUAUUAAAAAAUGUAAAAACUAGUAUAUAUAAUGAAAGGAAUAUUUUUACAAAUAAUCAUACAAGAUAUAAUAAUAAUGAUAAUUUUCUAAUUAAAAAUGAAUUAGUAAAUAAUAACAAAAAAGAUAUAUACAAGCCAUCAUAUACCUUAAAUAAUUGUAAUGUUUCAUCUAUUUUAAAUAUAAAAAAUCCUUUCACAUGUGUAUACAAAAAUGUGAAAUCAUUUAAAAAUUUUAUAGUUGAUAAGAAAGAGGUAAAUAAAGAAAAAGGUUAUUGCACAUCUAAUAACAUAACCUUAUGUGAUAAAAAAAAAUAUAUAUCUGAAAAUAUUAGAAAACAUUUAUCCUAUAUGAAUAUUAAUAAAAAGCAAGAAAAAAACAUUAAAAAUAGUAAGGUACUGGAAAUUGAAGGAGAUAAAAUUUACCCUAAUGAAAACCUUUUGUUUAAAAAUAAUAUUCAAAUAGAGCAAAAUACUUUUAAAAAUUUUAAUUUAGAUAUGGAAAGUUACGAUAUGAAACAUAGUAUAUUCGAAUGCAAAAAAAAUGCUGAAGAAAAUUUCAAAAAUAAAAAGUAUUUAAAAAAAUUAAACAAAUUUCACAAAAAAAAAAAAGAAAAGAAUUUAAUUAGUCUUGAAAAUUCUCAUAAAAUAGAAAAAGAAAAAUUAUGUUCUGAUAAUAAUUAUAGAUCUUUAGAUUUAAAUAAUGAAUUAUUAAAUGUUAAUAAACAUAAAAAACUAGUUCAUAUAGAAGAAAAAGACAUAAAGAGAAAUUUUGAUAUAUUUUUAUGUUUAUUCAUGAAAUACGAAAAAAACGAGUCUUUCCUUUUUUGCUUAAUAUCUGAUGAAGAAUUAACGAAAUAUUCCUUUUUUUAUCACAAUUAUAUAAAACCAUUUUUAGAUGACUAUAAAAAAUCUAAACUCGAAAAGUUAAAAAAGGAAGAAGGAAAUUCAGCAUUUAGAGAUUAUAAUUGUAUAAGUUUAAAUAAAAUAAUUUUAGAAAUUAUGAUCCCAUCAAUAAGGAAUAAUUACCUAAAAUAUUUAAAUGAGCUGUAUAAUAAAAAAGAAAAUAAUACUGAUAUCAGUUCUUCCGAUGAAUUACAAAAAGAAAUAAGAGAAAUCAAUAAAAAAAUAAAAAAUUUUGAAAUAAGGUCACUUGAUAAACAUAAAAAAGAAAUAUCUAUUAAAUCCAUUUGUAAUUAUGAAAAUAAAAUAAAAUUACUUGAAAAACCGAAAUGGAGCAAUAAAAGAAAUUUAAAAAAACUAUUAAGAAAACAACAAAAUUAUAAUCCCUUUACUAUUUUUGGUACAAGUAUAAAAGAAGUAAAUCUAGAAGAAAUAUUUACUUUAGAGGUUUAUAAUAAUUAUGUUACAAAUGAAGAUAGAUUUCAAAAUAAAAUAUUACAUGAAUUAUAUGUCGGAGAUUAUAUAAAAAAUUUGUAUAAAAAAAUAGACUGUAGCGAGUGGUUUUUUGUUUUAGAUUCUUUAAAAAAAAAUUGGAAAUAUUUUGCUAAUCUUGAAUGCAACAUGCUUCUAGAUCCACUAUUAUUAGAAGAAAUUUUAUGGUAUAUAGAUAAUAAUAAGAUGUACAAGGAUAAAAGCAAGGAAAUAUAUAUUUAUGAAACUUGCUUUUGCCCUACACCUGAUCCAGCUAAAGAAAUUAAUUUAAACGAUGCAAAACAUUUUUACAAAUCAAUGGCUAGUAAAUAUACUUCUCAUAAUGAAAUGAAACAUAAAAAAUUAUCAUUAAAUGAAGAAAAUUCUUAUUCCAGUAACUUAAUAUUUAAAUAUGAUGAUAUGAAUAGAGAACAUACAUCUUUAUAUAUGAAAAAAAAAAAAGAAAUACUAACAAAAGAAAAUUUAUUUUUUAAUAUCCCUCGGCCUUCUAGUGCAAUAUAUUAUAAUUCAGACUUUUUUCAGAACAAAGUAAAAAAACAUACUUGCGACAAAAAAAUAAAAACUAAUAAUCAAUUUAAUGUAGUGUCACCAAAAUGUGUAGAAGACGCAUAUUUUCCAAAGUUUAAAUCAAAGAAAUGGAUUUCACAAAAAUUUUUUGAUAAUUUUUUUUUAAAUUAUUAUCUAUAUAAUUUCAAUGGAAGUAACCGCAAAUAUAAUUCUGUUAUUUAA